GUGAGCUAUUUUGAAAGUGACCCUUGUAGAGUUUGCAGCUGUUUAAAUCAUGACUGAAGAUGACGGAUUCGGUUGUCGCGGAAGGGCAAGUAAAGCUGAGAGACGGAAAAAGGUGGAAGAGUAGAUGGUUGGUGCUUCGUAAACCUUCUCCUGUAGCAGACUGUUUGCUGAUGCUGGUGUUUAAAGACAAAUCAGAAAAGAGCAAAGGCCACAAGGAGAGAAACAGCGUGACUUUGGAAGAUAUAUGUGGCUUGGACCCUGGCCUAUCGUUGGAGGGUGUGAAUCACGUUCUCGCAAUCAUCUGUCUCGGACAAACUGUGCUCCUGGCUUUUGAAAACAAGGAAACCAUGUAUGUGUGGGAUAUGAGGACUCGCUACAGCCUCGGCGAAGUUCACAGGUUCCACGUUUCUGUGCUCCCUGGUACUAAGCUGGAAAGUGGACCUGCAACGCUCCAUUUUUGUAACAAUAUCUUUGUGCUGGUGCGCGAUGUUCCUCCCACCAUCAUUGGGCAGUGGAAGCUCUCUGACAUGAGGCGCUAUGGAGCUAUUCCCAAUGGCUUUGUCUUUGAAGGAGGCUCGCGGUGUGGCCUUUGGGCUGGUAUCUUCUGUCUGUCAUGUGCUGAGGGCGAAAGGAUCAGCUUCCUCUUCGACUGCAUCGUCCGAGGGAUCUCACCAACUAAGGGGCCGUUUGGGUUGCGGCCCGUUCUACCAGAUCCCAGUUUGAGCCAAGCGUACACAGAGGAGAGGAUCAGCCAUGAAGCAUUGGAGCUGGAGAAACGCUUGAGUCUUUUGUCACAAACUAGUCGACAGAGCAGUGGAGGGGAUGACCGCAGUCUGUCUAGUUCGACUGAGUCCUCCGACACCAGCCAGUCGGACAGUGCCAGCCUGGGAAGUCGGAUGACCCUGUGGCCGGAGCAACUGCCGGUCAGUGGCCUGCCAGAGGGUCACUCUCUGGGCUUGGCGGCCAAGGGGCUGGGCACAGCUGAGGAGAAACUCUACGCGGAGGUCACCCGUGGGUCAAAGCCCCCUCCCAAGCCGCCCCGGUCGCGCAAGCUGCAGGAGGUGGGCCGCCAGAGUUCCUCCGACAGCGGCAUCGCCACCGCCAGCCACUCCUCCUAUUCCGGAAGCUUCUCCUCCUACGCCGGGAGCCUGGACGUUUGCCAGAGCGAUGAGUUCGGCUCCUUGCUCAGCAUCCCUUCGGCCUGGCCUGCCGAGCGGACCCUGUGCACUUGCGAGACUCCCGGGUCAGAGUAUCAGGUUCCCAGCUCCGUACGCCAUCACUACGACACACCUAGGAGCGUCUUACAGGUGGCUGCGACAAAGGAAGCUGCUUCGAUGAAGGACCAGGCCCGGGCACCUCAGGAGUUGACCGACACGCAGUGGUGCAAGAGCUUUCCUGCUGCCCUGGAAAGUGCCAAGGAUCCGUCUGCCGAUCUGCCCACCGAUAUUGCGCCAAGGUGGACCCAGUUAAAGCCGCAGGGGCUGGAAGCAGAAACCGCUGCAGGAACCAUGGACCCCAGCGAGAUUUUCAGCCCCCUCCACCCAGGAUCAGGGCAGACGCUUUUCACUGCCUGCCUGAUGUGUGGGGGUCUCAAGGGAACAACAGCAUCACUGUCAGGAGAUUCCUCUAUCCUUGCUGCUUCAGGGUCUUGUAUCGAUAAGCUGUACAGUCUGACUGAACCACAAUACAAGCAACUCCAAAGGCUGGCCUGGACCACCAGCCAAACAAAGGUCACGCACCCAGGCCCAAGCUGGCCCAGUAGUGAUGGGGACAUCUACGGUGUGCUGUGGGAGACCACAAGCAAGCGCCUCAGUGACAUGGGGGUCCGGGGGCUCAGCGCCACACGGACGAGAUGGCCUGUUUCCGGUAACAAUCCCAGGGCUGGGGAAAACCUCUUCAGUCGUAGCUAUUCCAUGGACGAUCGACUGAAUAGGGCGCUGGAGCACAAUGUGACGAUGGGUGGGGAGUUUGGAGCUCACAGCAGAAUGUUGUCCUGUGACCAUCUGUCAGGGGGGUGGCUCGGCUACACCAAGGGGCAUAAAAGCAAUGUUGAGGGCACUGCGGCCGUGGAGAGACACGCGUAUGAGAGGAUGACCUCGGCAUGGUAUUCCAAACUGAGUCCAGGAGACACAGUGACCCCAAACCGCAGCCGUGGCCCGAUCUCUGAGCUUCGGCGAAGACUGGAAAACAUAGGCGAUGCUUACGAUGUCAUCAGCACUCCACGAAAGCUAUUGGCCGCGAUGGGGAAGGUGUGGACCUCCCCGGGUGCCGGGAGUACAACCUCCCACUGCCCUGGUGCCCAGGUGAGCAGCCCACCCUUCACAGCACAGCCUUAUGUGCUCGCGCAGGCCCCUCUUCAAGAACUCUGUGCACCAGAGGGCUGCAAACUUCGGGCAGGCCGCUCGAGGAGCAGAACGAAAGAAGUCAGAGGUGGUAAGUCAAGCACCUGGUCUCCUGGGCAACAGCGAACUGAUGCGGAACAGAACGGGAAAGGCCAGCAAUUCUCACGCUGCAGGAGAGGAACAAUGGAGCUCACUACACACCACGGCAGCAGUUUAAAGGCAGAGGGGUGUGAACGCAGUGAAGUGGAUGAAGAUAAGAAGCAAAUUCAAAAAGAGGAGAAGCUGAAGAUCGUGACAGGACAGAUGUACGAGUUCAUGGAAGCUCUCCCAACAGAGAAACCAUCUGAGUUAGAGAAAGGAAGUGGAUAUGAAUACAUGGCCAGCUGUGGGCAACAGAAGCUACAAGCAGAGGGGGAAGGUCCACCAGGGUCUUUGAGAAUUCACCAAGGGCAAGGGGCACACUUGAAUAUUAUGGGUCUUAAACAUAAAAAGGAGAAGGGCUUUCCAGAAGAUGAAACUUCAGGCAGCUUUGACACAAAGAAAUUAUCCGGAGGGGCAUUUGCUUACCUACCGGAGCUCCCUGGAGCUGACAGAUUGCGGCCGAUAGAAGGAGCAACAUACGUCAAUAUCCCAGUGAGCCCAGCUUCAAAGAAGCAGCUCCAUUAUAUGGAACUCGAGCUCCAGGAGCCCAGUCCUACCAUCCGAGGGGCGAGUUCUUCCAAGUAUGCACAGAUUGACAUCACAGCCACAGAGACUGCGCACAAGGUGGGGACUCAACACGCCCAGCACCGGGAGGAACGGCUGCAAGAGUUGGAACAGAAGAGGAAAGGGCCAGCCCCGCAGUGAUCCAGCAAGGCUGCGGGUAACUCUGCAGAACUUUUACAUCUUUGAUUUCUGCAUUUGGGGUUCAAGCGGUUACGCAGGCUCAGUCCAGAACCUUGGAGGACAGGUGACUGAACUGGCAACUUCCACUCUGAAUGCCGCUUCUGAUGCACCAAGACUUUGUUUUUUUUUAUUGUGAACAGAUUCGAAGGGCUAACAGACUUAAGUGUUUUGUGCACAUAUUUUUGUCCACUUUCUCCUUGUCAGGUUGUAAUUAUUGGACCUGCCUUCACUUUUGCAAUCCUCCUUGAAUGUGUUGGCAUCAUGCUUGGGGGUACAUGGGUGCCACUUGCUCUUUGCUACAUUGCCUGUUCUUUAUCGGUGGCACUGGACAUCUGCAAGCUAUCUAUUCCUGAGAAAGAUGUGGGGAGGGGGUCACAGAUGACCUUAGUUCUUUGCUCCCCUGCCUUUCAAUGGACAGCUUGAUCCUUGUAGCAAUCAGUCCUUGUUCCCUAUCAAGUCCUAACUUGGAUGUAGCAAGUCCCAUGAGGGUGCCCUCCCUAGCUCACCACGGAUGAUGAAGUGAGGGAAUCUGAACCAGGCACCUUUAGGUUCUGUGCGCUACUGUGGUUCAUCACAAACUAGGAGAGGAAAAUGAACCACAAUGUUUUUGUUGGCUUUUAAAUAAGUUUCAAGGUUUCAAUAACCAAUACUUCACAAUUAACGAUAGAACUGUUUAAAGACUCUUUUGCUUUUGGAAGUUUGUGUUGAAACCUCUUCCACUGAAGUGCAACUCAGUCUGUCUCUGCCUAAUACCCCAUCUCCGAGUCUGGGUGGGCAGCCCAGGUCUGAGGUUUGCGUCCAAGUGUUUCUGUUGCUGAAAUUUCCUCCUGUGUCCCGUUGAUGCACCAUUUAGGGGUUGGGUCUGGCUGUGAGGACAGCGGUGUUUUUGUCACACCUGCUACUUCAGCAGCUGGGAACACAAUACUCUCAACACGAGUAUCUGUCUCCCAUCUCUGUCAAGCCCUAGUGUGCAAUGAAUUAUGUCUCACUCCCUGCAGUCUACAUUGUUCCUAGAAUUGCUGGUAUAGAUUUCAAUUUUUAAAACAAUUGUUUGGCCCAGCUUCUACUUCCUCAGUCAGUUUAUCCGGUAGCACAGCCAUAAUAUUCACAUCUGCAGUGAUACGGAUGCAACUUGUUGCUUAUGAACCUGUCAUGUGCAUUGUCGUCAGUUACCUGAUCAAAACGCAACCUGAGGGAACAACUCCAAAGUCUUGUAAUUAUUGUUGGCGAUAUCAAUGGAUGGACAGUUAAUGAGUUCACUUGACAUUCCUCUGUCAGCUGGAAAAAGACUAUUUACUCUAGUACAAGAUGAUCGGGCAAAUAUUGUGGAGGUCAGUGUUACUGCCUUCAGCUCCCAUACCAGGAUUCCUUUUCCUUUAGUUAUCUAUUCCUCCCACCUCCCUCUCCAUUGCCUCAGGAUGAACCAGGCAGCUCACAAACGUGGAUUCCAGAGCUGAGCAUCCGUCUCCACGUCCUCUCCUUCAGCCGUAUCCUGGAUCUUUAGCUCUUUUUAUCUCUGCCCUGCCUCAGCUGAAAACCUAAGUCAUAUUUCCUUACUUCUAAACUCAACAAUUCCAGUGCUGAUCUGGUCAGCUGCUUUUCACUCUCAGAUAGCUUGAGCUCUAACCAAAAUUCUGUUCCUCUUAUCCUAAUGCACACCCAAUUCAAACAUUGCUCAUGUCACUGGCUCCUGGUCCACCAGUACCUCACAUUUAAAAUUCUGACUUGUUUUCAAAUCUAUCCCCAUCUCAAACCUGUCCCUGUUUCAGCGACCUCCUGCUGGUCCAUAAUCCUCUCAGAACUCUUGAGCUCCUCUAAUUCAGGUCUCUAUUACAUUGCUAGUUUCAUUUACCUCACUGUUAACAGCCCGACCUUUAGCAGCUGAGGCCCCAAGCACUGACAUUACCUCCCUAACCAUCUCCAGCUGUUUAUAACUUGCAUCUUUGUCCAAGCUUUGGCCACUUGCUGUUACAGAUCCUAUUGUCUCUUUUGUGUAAGAUAUGUAUUCGGCCAUGAUUCUUUUGCCAGUUUGUUUUCUUUUGCAGGGUGUAGCCGUUUCUGGCUAUGCCGGCAUCUGUUGCCCACUGGAUGCUAAAGGGAUGCUCUUUUUUUAGAACUGGGCAGUAGGUAGACUCAUUGCCCAUAAGUAGGGAAUUCUAAGAUAGUUAACACAGUAGUUCUGGUUGGGUAGAGAUUGCAAGGUAACAGCAGGCCACUGAUUAGCCUAGAUGAUUUAAUUUUGCGUGAGGUUUUCAACCUGGGAGAUUGAGACUAUAUCUUAUCAUUUUUGAUUCCAGGUCGCUGACGUCUGAGGUCUACCACUUGGCCAGUUUCCACUCUGUCCAUGUCUUGUAGUUGGUAAAUGACAUUGCUGCUGUUAUUCAGUACUUGGGGGAUUCAAGUGUUCUUCUGUCUCUGUAAUUGGGGUCUGUUCAAGUUUCUUUUUCAUUUGGGAAGGUCGUGAUCUCCUUUAGGACUUUAAGUUGAUGUAGUCCUACGGCAGUGCCUGAGUUAUUUCCCUUAUGAAAUUGAAAGGAUGCAUGAAUCACUGUGUCUCUUGAUGCCUUGGGUGCUUCCUGUUUAUAAUUGCGGCUGAGAUUUGAAUCGUAAAUUUUAGCCUACCCAGUUCUCUGCCUUUACUCCAGGUGUAGAUCAUCCCAUCACUGGUUUGUGGCAGGAGGUGCAGAAACUGUUUAGAUUUUCAAGUCUAAUUUCUGAAGGGUGUUUUGUGAUGGUUCAAGAGGAUAGGUGGUAAUACAGUCUUGGGAUAACAUAUGUUUUGAGGAUUUUAACAUUUUGAGAAUUUUAAUCUUUGGACAGAGAAUAACGAUUUCUAGGGCAGAGAUCCAGGUCUUAAAUCUCUGCCUCCCACUCUCCUUUAGUGACCCCUGUCCAUGGAUCGAGUCAGGUACCCAGGUUUCUCUUGGGGGAACGUAAGCGACGAUGUGUGUAGUCAGUGUCUAGUUUCUCUCGUGGUUGUAAACAAAGGUCUUCCCUUUGUAGGUAAAGUGGAGACCUUUAGUCUUCAAGAUGUUGAUCUGUGAGUCCUGUAUUAUUGCUGUAUGACUGGACUAUCUUCAGGUUUCGGGUCAUUCUGACGUCAUCCAAAAGUGCAAAGACACUUGCAAAGGCCAAAACGGAGCCGUUGACCUUUUCCUCCAUUUAAUGUCACACGUAGUCUUGAAUAGGCUGCUUUGAGAGUGUGCAACAGCGGAUCCAAAUCAUUGUUGCAGAGAAUUGUCACCUUGCUUGGCUCCUCUCUCUAUUUUAACAGGGAUAAUGGGAACUGCAGAUGCUGGAGAAUCCGA